UUUACCUUAGCAAACUAUAAUAUUCUAAUUACCUGUGCCGGAAUGUUGAGGUCAUCUACGCUCGCUGCUUCAUUUCUUGCCCUGUGCGCUACCGGUUCAAAUACCAAUAUCUACCUGCCUGAAGGAUACGCUGUCGGUGUUGGCUCACAAGGAUCACCAACUCCGGUCCUGGUUCCAGUUCCCGCACAGCUACCCGAAUCAACGGCCCUCUUUUCGACAAUAAGCGGCAUCAUCACACCAGUGGCAAAUAUCGAUGCAGCUGCUACACCUACUCCUGCGUCCAGCUAUCCUGGAAAUCAGUCUGGUACACAAGCUGAGGUAGGAUACACACCACAGACUGGGGUGGCCGCUGAGCAGUUCAGCCUAGCAAAUGCUAGCGCUGCCGCCCAAGAACACAGCAGCGCCUAUGGCCACAAUGGUGCAACUACUGAAGCAGGCACUCCGGGCAGCCUGUCGAGCGAGCUUGGCAGGCUUUCUGGAGAUCAGCCGAGCGAUCACAGCGUUGGCUCGUUGAGCUCCAAACAUCACUCUGCCUCGCAACUGUCGUCUGAGCAAGGGUCGGGUGCACAGUCGGCUAUUUCCGCAAAUGGCAUGGCAACAGCGCUACUGGUCGUUGGUACGAUGCUCGCAGCGACCAUCUCAAACCUCUGACCCCUAGCACUGUGGAGAACAAGAAGCGCGGCGCCGGCUGAUGAGGAGACGGCAUGUGCCCAGUCUGCCAGAGCACUGCGGCCACGCAUCCCUACAGUAGCAUGUGACCUGCGCUGGACUGGCUUUUGUUGCUGCCCGAGUUCCAGGAUUAAAAUUUUUUAGCGCGGGUUUAAAAAAAUUCAGUGCCUG